GUUAGCUCACGCGCUAACGAGCUAACAAACGAAACCCCCUAGACUGCCCUUGACAGACACACGUAAAUCGUUCUUCCGGCUCCUGUAAAUAUGACUUCUCAUUGCAAACCACUGCUGUUUUUACUUCAACGAAGUGUCAGAGUUGCCCAAAUAACCUUACCCACAGUCAAAGCAAAUGUAUCAGGUGGUCGUGGUUUUAUCCAGCACAGGUUAUUGUCCUCGGCAGUUCGAGAUAUCAGAAUUAAAAGUGUAUUUGAGACGCAGACUAUUCUGAGGAGCAGCUGUCUUAAUUUCUGUACCAAGUCACAGUCACCGAUAGAAGAUGAGUAUCCUCCUCUACCAGAGUACCAGUCUGAGUCAGAUUUGCAGAAGAAAGAGGUUUACAUUAUCCAGGUUAAAGGUCUGCCGUGGUCGUGUACACCCCAGGACCUAUUGCACUUCUUUUCCGAGUGCAGGAUUCGUGAUGGUGUGAAGGGAAUUCACCUUACCACUGAUCGAUCAGGCAGGCCGUCUGGAAGAGCCUUCAUUGAGGUGGAACAUGAAGAAGAUGUCAGUAAAGCUCUGGAGAAGCACAAGCAGUAUUUGGGUCCUCGCUAUGUAGAAGUUUAUGAGGUUACCAACAAUGAUGCUGAAGCCAUCUUAAAAAAUGCUGCUGAAGGGGCAUCCUCAGACUGUGUGGUACGUCUCCGGGGCCUGCCUUAUUCCUCCUCUGAGGCAGAUAUCGUACAGUUUUUUUCAGGUUUGGAUAUCGUGCAGAAUGGCGUAACAAUUGUCAAAGAUCGCAAAGGGAGGAACUCUGGUGAAGCUUAUGUUGAGUUUACUUCACAAGAAGCAUUUGAAGAGGCUUUGCAAAGAAAUCGAGAAUUGAUUGGAAAUAGAUACAUUGAGGUUUUUCCGAGCAGAAGAGAUGAGAUCCGUACUGGCUGGAGGAACCGCUCAAAUUUACAACACAGUUCUCCUACUCCAACAACUACAUCUAUGGCAAACAACUCCCACAGAAAUGAAUCACAUCAGAGGUCAUCCCUACUAUCACAUUAUGUCCACAUGAGGGGCCUCCCGUUCAGUGUGUCUGGAGAGGACAUUGUCAAGUUCUUCUCCCCAUUGGUGGUGUCGAAAGUGCUAAUUGAGUUUGGUCCAGAUGGAAGGCCAAGUGGAGAAGCUGAUGUGUACUUCAGUUGUCAUCAGGAGGCAGUGGAAGCCAUGUCCAGAGACAAAAUGCAUAUAGGAGAGAGGUAUAUUGAGCUUUUCCUUAACUCAGAACCAGACAGUGAAAGAAGGUGAAUGAAUAUGUGAGACCAGAACACAGUAAUUAAGCAACACAAAUAACAGUUAUAUGAAGUCAGCAUGAACAUUAAAUAAACAUUCCUGCUGUUUA